CUUCGUGGCAGGUGGAGUGAGUGAGUGUGUGUGUCUUGCUGGGAGGAGUGGCUAAUGGACAAAGCAGGCAGGAAUCAUUUCCACAAUCGCAGAAGUUCCUCUGGGCAGUGCUGGGGACCUCUCAUUUGGGAGCCCUGUGCUGGGGUACGAACGAGGGCCUGGCCUGCCUGUCCCCACCCCAUCCGCCAGGUCCACCCUUCCCAACGCCAUUCUCUGUGGACCUUGCGAAGGCUGCCCAAGGCUGAGCCUGUCCAGGAGCCUGAGCCCCGAGGGAAGGGGUGCUCGCCUGGCAGAAGCUGCUAGUGAGCUCACAGCGGGUGAAUUUUGAGGCUGUGGAAUAACAGGGGCCACCAUGAUGUCGCUGUUGUCAUCAAGUAAGAAUUCAAAUUCCUAGGGACAAGGGGCUUCUGGGGCUGGGGAACUAUCCAGGAACCCAGGACACCUCUCUCUUCUGCUGCAUUGAGGUGUGGCCGUGCAGGGCUGGAUUCGCGUACCGCACUUGACUCAGCGUCAGCCCUGAGUAGUGUUUCCUGUGUCUGGACUCAGUCUCCCCAUUGUGUAACCCUCUGUGUCUACCCUCCUUCCGUGGGGGCGGGAAGGAAGGCUGAGAGGGAGAGUGUGUGUUCACGUCUGCGGGACAGAGCACUGAGGCAUCAUUUCAGUUUUCCCAUAGGACCUCAGGUCCCCACGUGCCCUCUUUAGGGACACGGCCACGAUCUUGGGGCACCCAUCCCAAACUCACCAGGAACCCCUAGGCUUACGCAGUCACUCAGAGGUGUGGAUCAGCCUCGCAUCCAAGGCUGACAGGGAAGACAACUGAGAUGGGACCCUCCUCACUGCCCCCAGCGCCCUGCCCGGUGGGGCCCUGCAGUGCCAAGGGCGGACUGUUUUCGAUGGCACCCCCAGUUCUACCGGGCUCUCCAGAGCCCACCGGGUCAUGUUCCUGGCUGGAAGAACCUCAGUUCUGCACACGCGGUGCCACACUAGCUGGGCCUGGCCGUCCGGGGGGCAAGUCACCACAGGGAGUUUGGGGUCUUGCCACCCAGAGCCCCGCAUUGGACUCAGGGAGCAGAGGUUGGGGUCUCGCCCUGGGCACCUCUCCGCGGCCAGUUCUGCACACAGGAGUCCAGAGUUGCUGUGGCACCUCCUCCCCGGGGGUCCAGGGGAGCGCCUCCCACCGCGCACGUAUGUGAGGAGCUGCCCUACUGCACCCCAUGGUGCGGGAGGCGCGGCUGAGCCGAGAGCGCGGGGUCUGCAACUGAACCGCGGGAACCUCUCGCGCCAGCCCCGCCCCGCCCGAGGAGGCCCCGCUCCCGCCUGCCUGACACCCCCUGGCGGCGGGAGGCUACGCGGCAUCCAGGCCUGGGCAGGCACCUCUGACUUCUCUAACCCUGGCAGAGGAGCCUGGACGUCGCGACUGUCAGCUCUGGCUUUCUCCCACAGGAGUUUUCAUACUCCAGCUUUUUGGUGAUCAGCGCAGUGACGUGCUGCGCGGCAUCUUUACCCCAGCCUUCCCCUGAUGCACCCGAGGGAGGGGUUCCUGGCUUCACUCAGUAGGAGGUGGGUGGGGCAUGGAGGGUUCUAGCAGGCUGGGGAGGGCAGCAAAGCUUCCAGGAAGAAGCAGUGUUCAGACAGGGCCGCGUCCUCCCCGGACAGAGGACCAGGGAGCUACCAGUUCUCAGACGGAGCUGGUGGGCUAAAAAGGUCUGAUGUGACCCACAGGUGUCCUUCAACCUGGCCGGGGCCCUGCUGCCCUUGUCCCCUUGUCACCAGGGCCAGGUCAGCAGGUAAAGGGUGUGCCCUGCCCUGAGGCAAGGGCAGCCGAGGUUUUCAUCAGGGUGCUGUGAGCAGGCCUGAGCCGCGGGGGAAUCCGCAGGCCCGGGUCCUCCCUCCUCUCCAAGCCACUGUUCCUCACCCGCUAGUGGAGACCGGCGGCUGCUUCCUUCCGGGCUGAUGAAAAGGUUGCAUGAGUCAUGAGCUUAUCUAGAGAGGCCAGCGGCAGGCAAGCCCUCCACAGAGAUGGGGGCUGCCCUGAGCACCAGCUUGUGAUGGGGGCCGCGGUCCACAGCGAUGGGUGGUGCUGACUGGUGACACAGGGCAUAGAGGGGCAGCGAACAACAAGCUGUGGCCUAUGCUUGAGGCCCAGGUACACAAGGCGUGGGGAGGGAGAAGGCCCUUCUCACUACUACCCCCACGCUUGGCUGACAAAACCCGUGCUUCCCAUCCCCCCAGCUUUGGGCUCUGCUGCAUCAGAGAUGUUUGGUCCCCAGGUGGGAUGCUUUUGCUUAGGAACAUAACCGGGUCUCACUGGGAGGGUGGCUCAGACACGGCCCAGCCACGGAAGCAUGAGACAACACAGGGCUGGCUCUGGCAGGUGGGCAUGGGGCAUUGUGAGGCUUGGGGGCCAGGAAGACUGGUACCUCCUACUUCUCUCUGGUGGUGCAGUACAGGUAACGGAGGCCACAGCACCUGUGUGGGCAGCCAUGCAGGGCCUGGGGCCUUAAAAAUGAAGGAUCGAGUCACGCCACCAGGUGAAGGCCAUAAGCAGCUUAGGCACUGGCUGAGGGUAGAACAUGGAACAAGUAUUGGAAAAGGCAGAUAAGUGCCAACCACAGUAUUUUAUUCAUUGCUGCAUACAGAAUGUAAAUGUGUGUAGUUGUAUAUAUUAACCAAUGACGUUAUCUGUGAUUCACAUGUAUUACACACAUUUUCCUUUUCCUCCCCCACUCUUAUUUAAGGAGUGUUGAUUCUAGGAUAGUCUUUAGGCCACAGGAUGUCCAGGAGAGGUUGUGUCUGAACUAGAGAAGGAAUCAAAGUGCUCGGAUGCCUCCAGUGGUGGCUCAUGGGGCUCCACCCUCACACCGCGGGAGAGGCAGCACCUCGUUGGCUUGACAGUAGCUAUGUGACUUUAGGUUGGGGUGCAAUGUUGGUGAAACAGGUCGAAGUAGGAGAGGGGUGCAGAUGCUGGAGGCCUCCCGGGUUCCCUCACCAGGCCGUCUGUCAGCACAGCCUCCUUCUCCCCUGCCUGUCACAGGAGGGGCUUCCCAUGUUCGGUGCCCAGAUGAGACCAGUGAGAGGUCCGGGAGGCGGGAGGAAGGAGAUGCAUUGUGGCUUCAGCAGCUGGUGGGCAGGAGGCUCUGCUGGCAGCUCCAGGUGCCCUCCAGAGCCAGGACAUCAGGCAGUGGGGAUCUGGGUGGCAGGUCCCUGUGACUCCCCUAUAUCUCAUCUCCUGUCCUUGGCUCCCCAGCCUUCUCCCUGCAUUCAGUUUCUUUCUGCCCAGUUCCUUAAGUGGUUUCGAUUUUCCUGACCAAGCCUUGUUUAAUAAGCUGAGCUGACCAGAGGGAGAGGAUGGAGCAGAUGGUGGUGCAGGGGUCUGUGUGGUCUGAUGCGCAGACCCUUGCCCCACCAUCAAGAGGGGACAGAGACCCUCUUGAGCUGCGUUUCAGGAAGAUGGGGCUUAACUGGGAAAAAUGAAAACUUAGUGUGGAGGCGAGUGCACUGGGCGGCCGUGGUGCAGGGGGACCAUGGAGCUCAGAGGGCACUGGUGACAGGACCACAGACUGGGCCCUUCAGCCUGCCACUGAGGUGGAGGAUUCGCUUGUGAAGAAAACAGUAGGAAGGAUGGAAAACCAUACUUCCUAGAGAGGCAUCUGGAGCAGUUUCAGUUUUGAUUGCUGUUAUUACUACUGAUAACUGAGCAAAAGUGGUGAUGAUGCUUGAGAGAAAUUUCUGCAACCCAUAGUCAAUAAUUAUAUGUACAGCCAAGUACAGCGUGUGCUCAUUUCUCCCUCGAUUUUUGAAUCUGCAGUUUACCAAAGCUGCCAAUGCUUUCUUCUUGUUUAUUAUUUUAUUGCAGCAAAUUCCAGAUGUCUCCAACAGGAAAAUAUACAACCCUCUUGCCUUUGAUGAUUAUUCUUAUGAUUUCAGGCAUUAAAGAGGUUAUACAUCAUAAUGACAUGGCAGACAAAAUAGUCAAGGAACACAAAACUGUUAUGACAGAAUUCAUGGCACACGAUUAAAUGGAAAGAGGUGAAUGUGGGUGACACUGUGAAGGCCUCGAAUGGGGAGCUCCAUCCUGAAGACACAGUCCUGAUGUGUUCCAGUGAGCCUCAGUCGAUGUGUUUAUAUAGCAACAUCUAAUCUGGAUGGAGAGACAAAUCUAAGACAUGGCAGGCUUUGCCAGAAACAGCUGAAAUGCAAACAGAAAACCAGCUGUUAGGCCUAUCUGGAAAAAUAGACCGUGAAGCACCUGAUCGUCAUUUCAAUAGCUGAGCUUCCUCCUAAGUGGUAAAAGCCCUGUUCCAAUUGGGUCUGACCAGGUCUUGUUAAGAGGUACACAGCUUAGAAAUGCUCAGUGGAUUGGCCGGGCGAGGUGGCUCACACCUGUAAUCCCAGCGCUUUGGGAGGCCGAGGCGGGCGGAUCACGAGGUCAGGAGAUCGAGACCAUCCUGGCUAACACAGUGUAAACCCCGUCUCUACCAAAAAUACAAAGAAAUUAGCCAGGCAUGGUGGCGGGCGCCUGUAGUCCCAGCUACUCAGGAGGCUGAAGGAGGAGAAUGGCAUGAAGCUGGGAGGCGGAGCUUGCAGGCUGAAGCAGGAGAAUGGCAUGAAGCCGGGAGGCGGAGCUUGCAGUGAGCCGAGAUGGCACCCACUCCAGCCUGGGCGCCAGAGUGAGACUCCGUCUCAAGGAAAAAAAAAAAAAGAAAUGCUCAGUGGAUCACUGGCAUAGUUGUUUAUACUGGCUUUGAAACUCCUGCAGAAAUCUGUCAAAUCACCUCAAGAGAUCAGAGGUUAAGAAAGUGACAAUGGGCGAGUCUCCCUUUGGUUCCUGCUGCUCUGGUCAUGUCAGUAGUGAGCUGCGUGGGAGCCGUGCUAUGGAAUAAAAAGUACGGUGACAUUUGGUACCUGAAAGAGGAUUCCAGCUCACAGCAUUGUGUUUGACAUACUGGUAUUCAUCAUCUUAUAACAGAACCUCAUCCCAUUAGUCUGCUGGUCACUAUGGAAAUUGUGAAAUAUAUUCAGGCCCAGUUUAUAAACUGGGAUCAAGAUGUGCAUUAUAAAGUAAAUAGUGUCCACACCAUGGCCAGCACAUUCAAUCUCAGUGAAGAACUUGGGCAGGUAAAAUUUCUAUUUUCUGAUAAAAUGGGAACCCUCACUUGCAAUAUUAAGACAUAUAAGAAGUAUCACUGCAGGUGUCACUUAUGGUGCAACACCUUCUUCCAUCCGAGCCCUGAUAUUUUAAUGACCCCAGUUUAUUGGAGAACAUUGAGAAUAGCCAUCCCACAUAAAACUAUAUAAAGCAAUUUCUUACCCUGUUAUCUGUGUGCCACACUGUUAUCCCUGGAAAUAAUAUAAUCUACCAGGCUUCCUCCCCAGAUGAAGCAGCUUUAGUGAAAGGAGCAAAAAAACUCGGCUUUGUUUUCACUACAGGAACACCAUACUGUCACCACAGAAGUUAUGGGUGAAAAAUUCGCUUUUGAAAUUCUUAAUGUCCUGGAGUUCUCUAGUAAUAGAAAAAUGAGGCUGGGUACCGUGGCUCAUGCCUGUAAUCCCAGCACUUUGGGAGGCUGAGGUGGGUGGAUCACGAGGUCAGGAGUUCGAGACCAUCCUGGCUAACAUGGCGAAAGCCCCCAACUCCACUAAAAAUACAAAAAAUUAGCUGGGUGUGGUGGCACACACCUGUAGUCCCAGCUACUCAGGAGACUGAGGCAGGAGAAUCACUUGAACCAGGGAGGCGGAGGUUGCAGUGAGCCAGGAUUGCGCCACUGCACUCCAGCCUGGGCAACAGAGACUCUGUCUCAAACAAACAAAAAAAAAGAAAGAAAAAGGAUGUCCCUAACUGUCCGAACUCCUAUGGGACAGCUCCAGCUGUACUGCAGAGGGGCUGGUGAAGAGAAUAAUUCCCCAAUCACCCAAGUUGCCCUUCAACAAUGUCUUCAUCAACAGCUUUCUUGAUCUAAAUGUCCCACGUGGGUAUGCAUUUUCUCAAACAGAAGCCAUCUGUGGUCACGCAGGAAGAACUAGUCCGUUCUUAUGACACUACUAAAACACAAGAAGAGUUGCUUUUCCUGAUUUCACCUAUGACUCAGAUUCUGAUUACUGUAGUCUGUACUCAUGUCCUUCUGGUAGAACGCGCCGGCACCCCCAAACACUCAAGAUUCUGGAGUAUAAAUAAUGGAGGACCCCUAUUUGCUUUUUCUUAAUUUGUCUUCAAUGUUUUACCAAAUGUAUUUCUUUUUGUGUCUGUAAGAUAAUUUGUGCAUCAGCUCAGCCAGAAAUAUAAAAUUAAAAGCACUAUGUUUCACACACACACACACAAAAAGGAAAACUCGAUAUGACAGUGAGGAAGAAGGGUAAAGACCAGCCUUCUGUAUCAGUGCAGGAAUAUCCUUCCUCCAGGCAGCAGGCCUUCAAGCUUCAAGCCUCAGGGUCCAACCCUAAGGCUGGGGGCUCUCCCUGCAGGCAGGACUGGGCCUGGAGGGCCUCCUCAUACUUCUGGAGCUGAGACCAGAAGCCCGGGUUCGGUUCUGCUACCGGGCGAGCGCUCUUCACCAUCUGCAAACAAGAAGUGCAUUGAAUAACCCCAAGUCGCGCUAAUGGCCAGAAAGGGCCAAGGCGGGCCCAGCUCUAAGAGUGGGCCCCGCCCAACCCGGAAGUGCCUCUCUGCUUCCCUAAGCCCGCCCUUACGAGAGAGACCCGCCCCUCCCGGAAGUGCCUCUCCCAAUCCCGAGGCCGGCCCCGCCCGGAAAAACGCGUCCCCGGAAGACACGCCCCUCUCGAAACACCGGACCCCGAAAAGGCCCGCCCACCUGGAAGGCCUGCGCCAGGCUGAGGCCGCGGUGCCGCAUGAGGGAUGUUUCAGCAGCCCCUGAGAAGGAAGAGGAGGAAUCUGAGGGCCUGCUGAGGGCGCAGGACCUGAGGGAGUCCUACAUCCAGCUCUUCCAGGGUGUGCAGGAGUGGCAGGAUGGUUGCAUAUACCAGGGGGAGUUUGGGUUGAACAUGAAGCUUGGAUAUGGCGAAUUCUCUUGGCCCACAGGGGAGUCAUACCAUGGGCAGUUUUACUGGGACCACUGCCAUGGCCUGGGUACCUACAUGUGGCCAGAUGGCUCCAGUUUCACGGGCACAUUUUACCUCAGCCACCGAGAAGGCUACGGCACCAUGUACAUGAAGACACGGCUUUUCCAGGGGCUGUACAAAGCGGACCAGCGGUUUGGGCCAGGCGUCGAGACCUACCCUGAUGGCAGCCAGGACGUGGGGCUGUGGUUCCGAGAGCAGCUCAUCAAGCUGUGCACCCAGAUCCCCAGUGGCUUCUCCCUCCUCAGCUACCCUGAGUUCUCCAGCUUCAUCACCCACAGCCCUGCCAGGAUCAGCCUCUCAGAAGAGGAGAAAACAGAGUGGGGACUGCAGGAGGGACAGGACCCCUUUUUCUAUGAGUAUAAGCGGUUUCUUCUGAAUGACAACCUAACGCUGCCUCCAGAAAUGUAUGUCUACUCGACCAACAGUGACCACCUGCCCAUGACAAGCUCUUUCCGCAAAGAGCUGGACGCCCGCAUCUUCCUCAAUGAAAUUCCUCCGUUCGUUGAGGAUGGAGAACCGUGGUUCAUAAUCAAUGAGACCCCUUUGUUGGUCAAAAUCCAGAAGCAAACUUACAAGUUCAGGAACAAGCCAGCUCACACCAGCUGGAACAUGGGCGCCAUCCUGGAGGGGAAGCGCAGCGGCUUUGCACCCUGCGGGCCCAAAGAGCGGCUUUCCAUGGAGAUGAUCCUAAAGGCUGAGGAAGGGAACCACGACUGGAUUUGUAGGAUCCUGAAGGGCAACUUUGCUAGUGCCGACGUGGCGGACGCAAAGGGCUACACUGUGCUUGCUGCGGCUGCCACUCACUGCCACAACGACAUUGUGGACCUUCUCCUGGACUGUGGGGCCGAUGUGAACAAGUGCUCAGAUGAGGGUCUCACAGCACUCAGCAUGUGUUUCCUCCUCUACUACCCCGCCCAGUCAUUCAAGCCCAAUGUUGCUGAACGGACCGUACCUGAGCCCCAGGAAUCUCCAAAAUUCCCAGUUGUUCCAAUCCUUUCAUCAUCAUUUAUGGACACAAACCUGGAGUCUCUGUACUAUGAGGUGAACGUGCCUUCCCAGGGUAGCUAUGAGCUGAGGCCACCGCCAACACCACCGGCACUGCCACACAUCUCGGGCAGCCAGGAGGGCGGCCACUCCCAGGACACCAGGCAGUGUGGGGAGUCCAUGGACCACAGGAGCAUCUCUCUGAAGGGGGACUCCCCGUUGGUGAAGGGCAGCCUUGGCCAUGUGGAAAGUGGGCUCGAGGACGUGCUGGGAAACACAGACCGGGGCAGUCUGUGCAGUCUUGAGACGAACUUUGAGUCCAAUGUGUGUGUGUGCAACUUCUCCAUCGAGCUCUCGCAGGCCAUGCUGGAGAGAAGCGCCCAGUCCCACAGCUUGCUGAAGAUGGCCUCACCCUCACUGUGUACCAGCAGCUUCGACAAAGGGACCAUGCGGAGGAUGGCGCUGUCCAUGAUCGAGCGGAGGAAUCGCUGGCGGACCAUCAAGCUGCUGCUGCGCCGGGGCGCGGACCCCAACCUGUGCUGCGUGCCCAUGCAGGUCCUGUUCCUUGCUGUGAAGGCCGUGGACAUGGAUGGGGUGAGGCUGCUGCUGGAGCACGGGGCGAGGACCGACAUCUGCUUUCCGCCGCAGCUGGGCACCCUGACACCACUCCACAUCGCUGCUGCCCUUCCUGGUGAGGAGGGCGUACAGAUUGUGGAGCUGCUGUUGCAUGCCAUCACUGAUGUGGACGCCAAGGCAUCCGAUGAGGACGACACUUACAAGCCCGGCAAGCUGGACCUGCUGCCCUCAAGUCUGAAGCUCAGCAACGAGCCAGGCCCUCCCCAAGCCUACUACAGCACGGACACAGCCCUCCCCGAGCAGGGGGGCAGGACGGCUCUGCACGUGGCCUGUGAGCGGGAGGAUGACAACAAGUGUGCCCGGGACAUAGUCCGGCUCCUUCUAUCCCAUGGAGCAAAUCCUAACCUGCUGUGGAGUGGCCACUCCCCACUCUCCCUGUCCAUUGCCAGUGGGAAUGACCUGGUUGUGAAGGAGCUCCUGACCCAGGGAGCUGACCCCAACCUGCCGCUGACCAAAGGCUUGGGCAGUGCCCUGUGUGUUGCCUGUGACCUGACCUAUGAGCACCAGAGGAGCAUGGACAGCAAGCUGGCCCUGAUUGACCGACUCAUCAGUCACGGGGCCGACAUCCUGAAGCCCGUGAUACUCAGGCAGGGGGAAAAGGAGGCAGUGGGCACAGCCGUGGACUAUGGCUACUUCAGAUUCUUCCAGGACCGGAGGAUUGCCCACUGCCCCUUCCACACGCUGACGCCGGCAGAGCGCGAGACGUUCCUGGCGCGGAGGCGGCUCCUGGAGUACAUGGGCUUGCAGCUACGGCAGGCUGUCUUUGCCAAGGAGAGCCAGUGGGACCCCACGUGGCUGUACCUGUGCAAGAGAGCGGAGCUGAUCCCCAGCCACCGGAUGAAGAAGAAGGGCCCCAGCCUGCCCAGGGGCCUGGAUGUGAAGGAGCAGGGGCAAAUUCCCUUCUUCAAGUUCUGCUACCAGUGUGGCCGCUCCAUCGGGGUCCGCCUCUUGCCCUGCCCUCGCUGCUAUGGGAUCCUGACCUGCAGCAAGUACUGCAAGACCAAGGCCUGGACCGAGUUCCACAAGAAGGACUGCGGGGACCUGGCGGCCAUCGGUAGGUCGGCCCUCAGGCUGGGAGGCAAGGGUUCCGCUGCUGCUGAGGGUGAAGGCGCAGGUCUGGGGUGCUGGUGAGGGGCACCCUCAUUUCCCGAAAUCUCUCCAGAUUCAGGCCACUUUUCCAACAUUUCCAGAUGGGCCUGUUGGGAGGUGGGUGUCAGGGGGCCACUGAGGCAGCCUGGCUCUUCCUCACCUACUGUGGCAGCAUGAUGCUUGUCCUCACCCUGGAAGGGGACACCACCCCAUCCCUGCAGAGCUGGAACAUGGACCCCUGGGGGCUCUGCUGACACCUGGGAACUUCACUGAACUCCUAGGGGGCUCUGCUGACAUCCAGGGGCUUCACUGACACCUGGGGGCUCUGCUGGACACCAGUGCCUCUGGACCACAGGGCAGUUGGCCUUGCGGCUCCUUCAGGAAAUUUCCUCCCAGCCUGCCGUCUCAGAUGACUGUCUUAGUGUGGAUGUCAACAGGUGUCUGCUUCUAGAAGCACCCUGCUCUCCCGUGCUCCCCUCUUCCCCUCCUUGGUGUGACCAGGGCCCGGUGCCGCAAGGGUGGCGGGCAUUGCCGAGGCUGGUGUGCGAAGCUGUGCGGUGGUGACCGCUCUCCUGAGACCUGGCUGGGUUCCUGGCCUGGUGGGGACGGGAGUGGGUCUGGGAAAGCCCCUGCCCUUAGGCCUGUGCCCUGAAGUGAAUGGCUGCUGACCUCCUUCCCCCUCCAUAAAAUAGGGCUUUUUCUUUUCUUUUGAGAAGGAAUCUUGCUCUGUCACCAAGUCUGGAGUGCAGUGGCGUGAUCUCCACUCACUGCAACCUCCGCCUCCCAGGUUCCAGCGAUUCUCCUGCCUCAGCCUCCUGAGUAGCUGGGACUACAGGCUAAUUUUUUGUAUUUUUAGUAGAGAUGUGGUUUCACCGUGUUAGCCAGGAUGGUCUCGAUCUCCUGACCUCAUGAUCCACCCACCUCGGCCUCCCAAAGUGCUGGGAUUACAGGCGUGAGCCACCACGCCCAGCCAAUGGGGCUUUUAAUAACAGGCGCCCUCGGUGAAGUCGCAGCUCCUUGGCUUGUAGACUCCAGGAUGGGACUUGGUGGGUCUGGCAGGCCCCUCUUUGAAGAAUCACGGCAGGUAGCCCUCAGGCCUUGCUGCAUCCCGACUCCUUGCCUGCAAAAGCGCCAGACAGAGCACAGUCCUCAGCCGCCCCACACAGCCCGAGUUCUGGAGCCAGGCCUGGGGGGAGGCCAGCUCCAGUCCCCUCUUCCCCCUCCCCCACACCUUUUCCUCCUCCAGUGACACAACUGGAGCAAGUUUCCAGGAGGAGAGAAGAAUUUCAGUGAAGCAGCAGCUGCAUGUCCGAGGCUUGGGGAGGACCCAGGACUGUGUGGGUUUCUUACCUGCCUGAGCCACCUCAGGGAAUCUUCCAGCCUAAUGCGGGCAUUUCUGCACCUUUGGGGUCAUGCUUUGUAGCAGUGUCUCCCUUGCGACCUCACAAUAAAUUGGCCCCAGGGGGUGAUUUUGACAGUCUGUGCUGUGCUCUGCCCCUAGCUGGGCAAAGUCCCAGAGCUUUUGUGGAGCCUGUGCCUGCCUCUGCCCCUGGCUUUGAUCUUGCCUGGCCUCCCAUGGGACCUGGCCUGGGCCAUCCUGAUGGACCAGGCAGGUGAGGGUCAGGACUCGGAGCCUGCUGCAGAGAUGGCGGUGGGGG